AUGCAGCACCGCGACGACGAGGACGCCGCCGCCCUCUGGGACGACCUUCCCGUCCCCGAGGUCAUGCCCGUGCGCACCAUGCUCGACGAGUUUGAGACCGUCAACGUCCUUGCCCCGCUCGUCCGCUGCUCAAAGCUUCCCUUUCGCCACCUCGUGUCGCUGUACGAGACCCACGUCACUACAACCCCCAUGAUCCUGGCGGAGGAGUUUAGUCGCAGCCAGCAAGCGCGUAUCAGCGACUUUACCACGUCGCGUAACGAGCGCGGUGUGUUCUGGAUGGAGCCGCGCAAGACGGGCGCUGCUGCUGCCAUGACUAGCGGCGUUGCGUCGCUGUCUCUCGACACGGCCGCCCACCCCGAGGACCGCGAGGACAACAUUGAGGCUGGGCCGUCGCGUCGCGUCGACAAGACGUACUAUGUCCCUCCCGACGGCGGACAGCACGACCGUCUCCCGCCCCGCCCAACACCACCGACCAAGCACUCGCGUCUGGUGCGCGGUGCGCUCAUUGCCCAGAUGGCGAGCCCGAACGCCGCGUCGCUCGCAGACGCUGCCGAGCUUGUGGCACCGUACGUCGACGGACUGGACCUCAACUGCGGCUGCCCGCAGAGCUGGGCGUACCACGAAGGGAUCGGGUGCGCUCUGCUCCGCAAGCCCGAGCUCGUCCGUGACAUGGUGCGCGCCGUUCACGACCGUCUGGGCUGGAACUGGCCGGUGAGCAUCAAGAUCCGUGUUGACUCGGACUUGAAGAACACGGACACUCUUAUCCGUACGGCGCUCCAGGCAAACGUGAGCCAUGUCACCAUCCACGGCCGUACCCGUCACCAGGCUUCGACUGAGCCCGUGUCCCUCCCUGACAUCAAGUUUGCCGUCGAGUGUGUGCGCGGCGAGGUGCCGACGGUCGCCAACGGUGACCUGUGGGACCUGACCGAUGCCAAGCGUAUGGUCGAUGAGACGGGUGUCAAUGGCACCAUGGCCGCCCGUGGUCUGCUGGCCAACCCUGCACUCUUUGCCGGAUACACCGAGACGCCUCAUCACGCUGCGGAGAACUUUAUCAAUGUCUCGAACGACUAUGGUCUCAUCUUCAGCCUGUUCCACCGUCACCUCUCGUAUAUGCUCGAGUCGCGGAUGUACAAGGCCGAGAAGACCUACUUUAACGCACUGAACAGCUCGGCCCAGUGUGUCGAAUACCUCGCCGACCGUGGGCUGGACGCUGCCGGCAGGCGAAAGAUCCCCAUGUGGGACGCUCGCAGGGGAUACUCUCUGCUGGCAUAA